GUUCUGUUCACUAAUAAAUAAAUACCUGGUGCAUCGUUUUUUAGGUUUCAAUUUUUUUCACAUCGUUGCAGUAUUUAAUUGUGAAACGUUGUUGGUCGAAUUGUCGUGUUUAAAAUACUUACCUAUUCAAGAUGAAUCCUACAAACUGCAUUUGCGUGAUUGUGCUUUUCGUUUCCAUUUUCGCUAUUAGUAAAGCAAACAACUCUCGGAUUGUUGAUUUGAACACCAAAUGUGGCGCUAACGCAGAGGAUUCCCAAGUUGUUUUACAAUAUCGAGUACCAUCAACGGACACUGGAAAGUGUUUGAUGCUGUGCUUCUUAAAAGAGUUGGACAUGCUUGAUUCAAAUCAGAAAUAUGACGAAGUAAAAAGUUUUCAGGCGUUCCGUAAUUUCUGGUCUGCAUUCACCGAUGACGUUUUAAAAGCAGUUAAUUCAGCAGCUGCAGUAUUUGCGAAAGGUAUUGAUUCGAAAUCUGGAACUUGUGAAUAUGGAUACGAGAUUAUGAAAUUCAUAAAUGCCGAAUUCAUUAAAAAUCAGCUCUUGACUACAACUCCCAAACAGUGAUGAGAUGAAAGAUGAAUUUGUCCAUAAACUAGAAAAACUAUCUGUCUAGAAUGUGUUAUAUAUAAGAAUCUGUAGUUUUAAAAAAAGUGAUUUUUGUAUUAUAUCUAUUAUUUAUUUGUUCGAAUUAAAAGCACUUGAUGCUAGA